AUGGGCUCAUCAAUACCGACCACUCAAAGCGCAGCCGUCAUCGAAAAUCCGGGGCCAAAUGGAAUAGUUCGAAUUGACAAUUCACAUCCAGUCGAGGCUCCGGGCAAGCAUGAAGUCCUUGUCAAAUUGGAGUUCAGCGGUAUCUGUGGAUCAGAGGUUCGGGCGAUGCUUGGCUGGGGAAAUUACAGGCCCGUCAUAGGCCACGAAGGAGUCGGCAUAGUUGUCAAAACAGGCGAGAAUGUCUCAGAGUCGAUACUCGGCCAAAGGGUAGGUGUGAAAUGGCUUCACAGCGCAUGCGGGACUCUGCAGCAAUAUGUAAUUGCCGAUUCGCGGUACUUGACGAGGAUCCCGGACGGCUUACGUUCAGAGUUGGCCUCUCCCUUGCUGUGUGCAGGGUUGACCAUGGCAGGCGGGAUAGGAAAACUCGAUACGCAAAUACCCAGUGAUGGAUGGGUGGUGGUUCAAGGCUCUGGAGGUGGCCUGGGGCACAUAGGAAUCCAAAUUGCCACCAAGUUGAGAGGAUUCAAAGUUAUUGCAGUCGAUUCAGGAGCAUCCAAACGCGAGCUCAGUUUACAAUGUGGUGCUCAAUUCUUCAUCGAUUUUGCCACGGAGAAUGUCGAAGAGAGAGUGAAAGAAAUAACCGGAGAGGGAGCUCAUGCAUGCCUUAUUGUAUCGGGAUCUGAAGCCGCGUUUGAGCUUGCUCCAAAGCUGGUUCGGAACGCGGGAUUGUUAGCCAUCAUUGGUUUACCCCCGGCCACAUUCACUGUCCCCAUGACGGCCAGUUUAUUCGCAGUAAAAGCGCUCACUGUCACCGGUGUUAUGGUAGGGACUGAGCAGCAGAUGGUGGAGCUUCUGGAACAAGCUGCUGCAGGCACCAUCAAUCCCAUGGUUCAAGUCGAAGACUUUUCGGAAGUCCCUAAAAUUUUCGAGAAGCUCAAAAAUAACGAAGUGACAGGACGUAUUGUGGUGAGGAUUCCUGCGUAA